AUGUGCUCUGCUCAGCAAAGCAGAUCCCCGCUGUUCAUGCCAAAUGAGAGCAGUUCAGAAAUCUCAGGAGAGCAUGUGCAGCUCUCAGAUUCAGGGAUAAGCACUGAGCCACUGCUUCAGCAUACUGAGAGCUCCACAAAAAAACUUACUGGACAAGAGGCUCAAGAAGAAAACAGAGAAGAAAACACAGAGAACAGUCAAUUAAAAGAAAGGAGUUUCCCUGUAACUUUUUCUGCUGCCAAAGAACAAAGAGAACAAGUAAAGGAGGAGAUUCCUCCACCUCCCUUUGGACUAGAGGCAAAGAUGAAGAUUGGAAACACAGAAGACAGGCCAAUCACACCGGCAAUUGGUAUUAGACAGAAUAGUUCUGAAGAAUUUGUUGAAGAACAACUUGAAGUGGACAAUCAUCUCCUAGAAAAACAGCAGAAGGAGCAGCAGAGCAAGGCAAAAGUAACAACUCGGAAGGCUUUUCUGAAACAAAAAGAAGAUAGGACAAGGCUCAAAAAAAAUAAACAGAAACCUUUAAAAGAAAACAGCAAGCCUUCCAGAAGAGCUGGUUUGGACUGCUGGGGCCAUUUCUCCCAGCUUGGCCAAGUGAAUGCGGGCAUACUGCAGCCAGGGGUAUGCUCUCAGUUUAAUCUUCAGGCUAGUAGCUCCAUGAAGACUGGUACACAUGAAAAAAAAGCAGACCAUGCUUUAGCUGAGUGGGAGAUAAAUUCUCAGACUGACUGUGAAGCAAGAGUAGUUGAGCAAAGUUUAGAAGAAAAACAAGUGAUCAUGAAAGAUGAAGACACAAAGAAAAAUCCCAUUGGCUCACCACAGAGAAAGUGGCCUGAAAUCCUGCAACCAACUCCAGAAACAUUAGUAGAAAUGAACCUACAAAUAGGUGAGGAAAGGGAAACUCAUCAUGUGGAUUCUCUUGGGCAAGCAUGCCGAACUGAUGGAAGACCUGUGCAAGAUACCCUGCAAAAGCACCUAAGUAGGGUGGAUUCACCUCUGAAGGGUCAUAGCACAGAGGGAGUAAAAAACCCCUUGGAAGUCCUGCAAAAGCAUUCCCUACUUCAGGAUUUAAAAUCAGAUCACAUCAAGGAGACAAAGUGGAGUGCAGACUCCGCAUUCACACAGGGUGAGAACCAGGUUCAGGUAUGCAUGCAGGAACUUGUUUCAGGGAGCCAGAGCUCAGAAAGAAAAAGACAAAUCCAUACUGGUUUUAAGAUGGUCAAUGAUAAGAUAGUAAAAAUUACACAUAGCUCACCUGAGGCUGUGGAGAAGGGAAGCUCAUCCUCAGCCUUGCAGCAGGAGUGGCAAAGGAAAGGCACAGCUGUCUCAAUGUGGCAUGUUGCAUCUUCAUUCUGUGAAUCAAGCUGCUUAUCUUCCAACAGUGAUGAUGACCCCAAAUCUCACCAUGCUCAGUAUCCCUCCCAGCAUGGGCCUCAGGGAGUAGAUCAUACUGAUGGACAUUUGGAUGUCUCUGAUGGUGAUUACGCUAGUGAUGAGCCCAGCGGAACUGAAAUAAAGUCUGUUAAAAAGUACAGCAGAUCACCCCGAAGGAAACAAGAUAUUCAAGUGAUCUCGAGGCAAGGUCUCUCCUGCAGCACAAGCAGCAGCGAUACCAGUACCGGGGUUGCCAGGCUGAAAGAGAGCAAGAGCUGCUCUUCUCUUCAGCAGCCUCUGUAUCAUCCCACAAAAUUGAAAACGAGAGAGCAUGAGCCUGAAUCAAAGGAUAAGUAUAGAGCCAGGGGUGUUAAAAGCCUACAUCUGCCAUCCUCAACAGUGGCUGAUGAGGUUCCUGCUUUCAAGAUUAAGGAAACCCCUGCAGUGGAGGAACCACAGAAAAAACCGUUUAGAGACAGAUUAGAUGUGUUUGCAGAAGAAACCCAGAACACCCUUACCAGAGGAUUAGAGACUGGCGUACACCACAGAGGAACCCCUCCAACGACUAAGGUGAAGGAAGAACAAGAGAAACCAAUGCAUCUGCACAGAACGCUAAUGGACCAGCUCAAGAUUGUCCAGAGCCAAGAGCUGAUUCACCCUUUGGAAUACAAUAGGGACCAAAUUCACGCACUGCAGAAAGAAAACAUUGCCCAUAGUGAGUUCAAAGGAACAGCUAGUGUCACUGAAGAAAAUGUAAAACCAGAAGAAAUACAAAUGUUAAAACAGCAGAUUGCUGGACUCCAGGAAGAAUUCAAGAGAAAUGAAUCCUGCUGGCACGCUGCCUACAGCAAGCUGAGAGAGCAGGUUGAGAUACUGACCAGGCAGAACAUGGAGCUUCGAGAUGAUCUCAGAGUUUCAGAACAUCAGAGACAGAAAGAAGAAAAACCCCCAGAAGCUGUGAAUUUCAUGGACAGAAAAUCAGAGACUCCGGUUGCAGAAGCUAUUCUGCGAGAGACAGCAUCUUCAUCCAAACAAGAAGAGAGAUCAUGGAGAGAUAAUCACAAGAGCUACCGCAUGUCUUACAUGGGACAGAAGACGUCUUUGCAAAAACACUUCUUCAGAGAUGCGAAUAGUGAAACAAUAAAAAGCACUGUGCAAGGGGAUGAUCCUUUGAGAUUGAUGACAAAGGAACAUCAGGAAAAGAAACCAUCUAACUGCCCCUUUGGCAGAAGCACAACGCCGACUGGCAGGAGGACACCUCACCAAGGAAGACUGACCCCUUUUGAACCAGAAAAAGUGGUACAUCAACCCUCUCCUGCUGGAAGAAGAAUAGAUGACAGGAAAUCACCUGGAGCUGUCUCACAUCUGAGUGUUGGUUUUAAGGAGCCUAACUCAUCUUCCUAUGUAAAAGGCAGGUCUUUACCCGUUUCAUAUAGCUCAGAAGCCAUGCUACUCUCACAUAACCACAGCAAUGACACUUGCAGCUUUGCACCCAGCAGUAACAAUGAAGAAACAGAGAAAGAAGAGACUCUUAAUCUUAUAAAGACAGAAAAAUUUCUAAAACCUCAGAAUAAAGGGGCUUUUGUGACCACACACAGGAGAAGUGGCAUAACUGCAUAUGACAGCAAAGUAUCUACAGACAGUUCUCCUGCUUUUCUGGAUGCUGAAGCAAAGCCUCCAAAAUCAGUGUUAUCUAGAAGGUCAGUGCUACAUCAAGAAAGAAGAAAAAGUGAGGAAGAGGUGCAGGAAAAAAUAGAGUAUCGUGAUGGAAAGGUAGAAGAGGUGCUUACUGAUGGACGUCGAAUCAUCACUUUCCGCAAUGGUACUAAAAAAGAGAUCAGUGCUGAUAAAAGGACAAUGACAAUUAGCUUUUUCAAUGGAGAUGUAAAGAAGAUCAUGCCAGAUCGAACAGUGAUUUAUUAUUAUGCAGAUGCACAGACAACCCACAUUGCUUAUCCAGAUGGCCUGGAGGUGCUGCAGUUCCCUAAUAAUCAGAUAGAAAAACAUUAUCCUGAUGGCACAAAAGAAAUUGUGUUCCCAGAUCGCACAGUGAAAUGCCUCUAUUGCAAUGGAUUCAAGGAAACUUUUUUCCCAGAUGGUACAGUAGUAAAAGUAGAAAAGAAUGGAGAUAAAAUAGUGGUAUUCAGUAACGGCCAAAAGGAGAUUCACACUGUGCAGUUCAAGAGGCGGGAAUACCCAGACGGCACUGUGAGAACUGUGUACUACAAUGGCAGACAGGAAACCAAGUACUCCACUGGACGAGUUCAAAUCAAAGAUGAGGAGAGUAAUAUCAUCCUGGAUAAGAAGUGAUUCCUCUCCUCAAGAGGCUACACUCUACUUUCCAGUGGAUCGGGCUACCAAUGAAUCACCAUUCAAGUUACAGAACAUCUUUGGAAGAAAAAGAUUGAAUAGAGCAAAAAGUGUUGCUGAUAUUGAUCAUACACAUGCUUCAGUUUAUGAAUUUAAUUAUGAUGCUGGGACAAUCCACACAGUUUGCUGUCAGCUGGUGUGAUAAUGAAAUGCAUUGUUUUCCUUUA